AUGGGCAAGCUUCUCCUAAAAGAGGGUGCGACCACCUCCGGUCCACCAGGGAUCAGAGAAUUUCUUCAAGCUAUCCGAGUCUUGCCAUCAAAUGUCGUGCUCUACCAAUCUCUAGAUCGUUCGCUUGAGACUCUCGCUCUGUUGGCUAUGUACGCACAGGCAGCAGAUCUCCACGGAGUUGCCUAUCUUUAUGUAGGACAAGCUGUAAGGCUAGGUCGCAUCCUCGAAAUGGGGCGAUCAGCACCGUCCGCCGCAGAUAUGGACGCACAAGGCCCCAGUAACUUACAGAAGCUCUGGUGGACUAUACAUAUCCUUGACCAGAAGCUAGCCGCCACUGUUGGCGCUAGCCCCGACUGCCAAUCUUCCAGUCGAGUUGAAGAUAUUUUGUCAUGGGUUUUUGCGUACGACGAUACUGCAGGUGCUGCAUUGCGCGCCCACCUUUGCGUUGUUACUCUCAUGUCAAGUGUGGCAUCAGCAUCCCAUGAGCCGGGUAAAUAUGGCUUUCUCAUUGAUUCACAGGUUGUCCUUUUCGGCACAAAACCAUUCUUGAUGUCCACCUUUAGGCGGUGUUCUUCUCAAGAUCGGUCUCUCACGAGGACCCCGACGUCUGACCCUCUACUUCAGUUUUUGAAGACCAACCUCGGCGCGGCGGCGCACUGUCUCAAUAUUAUUUUCGCGCUCCGAGAGCAAGGAGUUAUUGGUGAGUCGGUCUCCUAA